AUGUCCGAUCGCUGGAGUGCGGGCGGUCUGGAUGGUCUGGUCGAUUAUGUUGUUUCCAGCACAGCAAAUGCUCUGCCAUACAGUGAUUGGCUUCGGCACAGGUUCAGACAAGCUCAGAGCGGCAUCCGAAAUGCCUUUUCGAAAUCCGACCAAAAUCUGCAGGAUUCUAUUGCGCAGUUUUCAAGAACUCUGAACUGGCCGCAUAACUGGAUACGAUGCAUGGCGAUACAUAGCGGUGGUCAACGAAUAGCAGUUUGUCAAAACGAUGAUUGCAUCAGAAUUUUCAGCUGUGAUCCAGAUCGCCGUCCAAUCACUCUGAAACAUCAGCAGCAACAGAAUGUCACUGAUAUGGCUUGGAAGCCCUAUGGCCGCAUGGUAUUAGCAGUUGCUUGUUCUCACGCUGUGUUAAUUUGGAGGCUUGACAAACAGAAUGUAAAUAUUCGGCCGUCUGUAAAUUGUGCCGAAGUGAUCGAUCUCUCCUCAUUUUCUCCGAUUAUUCAGUGUUUCUGGGAUUCAUUGUGCUCGGAAGCCUUAUUUAUUGCAUCUGCAGCAUCAUCUCGAUUACAGGUUUUCGACACAAGUUGUGGUGAAGGCGAAACAGUUGGCUCGUGGAUUCACAGGGGUCACAUUCGACGUUUUUUCGUUUCUCCUGAUGGCUGCAAAUUGGCUGUUGCAUAUGAUCUUAAUUUUAUAAGUGUUUACGAUCGGCAUACUUGGCGCGAAGAACGAUGGAAGAAGCUAGGCGGCCCAUGUGUUGCGGCAGUCUGGACACCACAAAGUGAUGUACUGCUUUUUGCAACGCUUGGUGAAUCCAUUAUAUAUGCCAUUCAUUUCACAAAGAAGCUGCAGAACUUCUGCGAUGAUCAGCGUUCAUUUAGUUCUGGGAGUGCAGUGCCAGUAUACGAUCUAGCAGAAGUGAAAUCGGAAGAAGGCGAUAACCGCGGAUUUGCUGGAUCAGUCCGUGAUUUGCAAAUUUCACCAGAUGGCCAACGUGUCGCCUUGACUUUUGACGCGAAUCCGGCAGUUAUCUGGCUCUUCAUGAUCAUCACUGUGCCGACAUUCUUUUUCACGCCCACCAGCUUGAUAAACGGCGCAGCGACGUUCGGCGCGGCCACCAUCGUUUCUUUCUUUCAAAAAUUCAAAUAUGGCUCCUUGCUAACUGUUGUGAGUAUCAAAAGUUGUGUUUAUUUUGUGUGGCAACAAGCCACAGGGCCAGUUGGCGAUCGUUUACACCAAAUCAAUCAACAAUCGAAAUUUCAUCGAUGUAUUGCGGUAAAACGUGAUGUUGGCUUGUUCAUGCUGGCCAUGCCUGAUAACUUGGCCGAGGACGAUAUAAAAUUGUUGGAUCAUCACUGGGCAAAGAUUUGGGCCAACGGCAAGUUACAAUACAUCCCGUUACUGUAUGGGCCUCAUGCGAUUGAGGGUGUUCACUUGAAUAUGGCCAAAAAAGAGAAAUCGGUAGAUGAAGGUCGUAGCGGCGACGCGCUCCUCAUAGAACCAGUGCCAGCACCCGAAGAGGUCAAUUCGAGCUUUCGAGGGAACAAUAUAAGGAGCGGCAGCAGCAGCAGCAGCAGUUCAGUGAAUUCGGCUCCUUCCAGUCUUCGCUCUGAUAAUCUGCAGUUGUUCUCAUCAGUGGGACUGUACGACCAACUGGUCUCGAAGGCUGCUCAAAAAACAAGUGCAGUUACUCAGUGA